UUUGUCGACCAGGUGGCAGCACUGCAAGCAAAAUCAUAUCUGUGUGCGCGUUUCGUUGAAAACACUAGUAACUUGUACCGUCCCCGUCGUAAACCCUCAAAAACUUGAAAUUACAUCAAAAAUUACUCUGAAAAGAGAGAAACCAAGCAUAAGGAACAAACAUUCUGGGAGUUUUCAUUUGAAAAAUUGCAAUUGCCAUCUAUAAUGACGUUUUCAACCAAUUUAAGGCUGGAAUAGUUGAUGAACCAAAAGAUCAGCAGUUGAAGUUGGAGCAUUUUAACACAAUGCGCGAAGCACUAUUUUCCCAAGAUGGCUGGGGUUGUCAGCAUGUCAAUCAGGAUACCAACUGGGAAGUACCCAGUUCGCCAGAACCAACCAAUAAGGAUGCAACUGGAGGACCGCCCAUGUGGAAGCCAAGCAUUAACAAUGGCACCGAUCUGUGGGAGUCCAAUUUGAGAAAUGGCGGUCAGCCAACGGCUCAACAAGUUCCAAAGCCAUCAUGGGGUCAUACGCCAUCGUCCAACUUGGGCGGAACUUGGGGUGAAGAUGAUGAUGGAGCGGACAGUAGCAGUGUUUGGACGGGCGGGUCAUCGGGAAUUAAUAACGUCUCCGGAUCUGGACCGACAAUAGGCCAAGUCGUGAAUCAAGGUGGUGGUGGUGGUGGAGUUAAUGUUGGAUCCAGUGGUGUUGUUGUCUCAUCUGGCGGACCACCGCAGUGGGGCCAAAAUGUGAUCGGAGUCGGACUUGGAGCAGGCGGUGCUAGUGGCUCUGGGAACCUAGCAGGAACUCCAGCAGGAGUCGUUCCCGGUAACGGCGGAAGCAAUGCUACCAACACAGGGAACGGUUGGGGCGAUCCUCGUGAAAUUCGUCCCUUGCCUGGAGGAGGUGGUGGGGGAAACAGCGCUGGCGCCGGUUCGAUGGAUAUUCGAAGUGUGGUGGUGGAUCAUCGUGGCGGCAAUGGGAGUGGAGGAGGAGGAGCAUCUUCCAACGAUCCUCGUGAUAUUCGCAUGAUUGUUGAUCCCAUGCGUGAUCCUAUACGCGGUGAUCCCCGAGGAAUCUCUGGUCGUCUUAAUGGCACCUCCGAAAUGUGGGGACACCAUGCUCAAAUCUCGCAUAGCCAAAAUAUGCAAAAUUUGAAUAAAAUGGCAGCUCCAGCUGGAGUUGGAACCACAGCUGCAGGAGGAGGUCCUGGUACCAAUUCUGUAUCAAGCAAUAUAGCCACGCAGUGGGGUCCACCCACCCAAGGCGUUGGCGUUGUGAAAGACAUAUCGAAGCAGAUAUCUGGAUGGGAAGAGCCAUCGCCACCGCCACAGAGACGAAGUAUUCCCAACUAUGAUGAUGGAACCUCCUUGUGGGGACAACAGCAGCAGCAGCAAGGUCGUGUUGUCACCGCUGCUGCUUCCGGCGUCGGUGGCCAUUGGAAGGAUAUGACGGAUUCAAUUGGUGGACGUGGCAACCACUUAAUGCGUGGCAAUGUUCCAACAGUAGGUGCCAAUCCCAUGACCAAUGUAGGUGGACCCCAAUCUCGAUUAGCAGCACAGCAUAAACCGGAAGGUAAUAAUAUGUGGAUGCAGGGCGGUGGCGUUAGAAAUCCUCCAGGGGUGGUGACCAAUACUUGGGGCGAUGAUGGCCAUGGCGCAACCAGUAGUGUUUCCUCUGGGAACAAUUGGUCAGAUGAGAAGGGUAAUCAAUCUUGGAGCGAUUGGGGAAGCAACAACAAGCCAAGCAAGGCAUCUGCAUCCGGAUGGAGUGGUGCCGGUGUAGGAUCUAUCGAUGGUGUAGUGGAACUCGGCAAUGAUUGGAAUCCACAUGGUGUUGGUGUUGGUGGAAUCAUUGGGAAAACUCAACAACAACAAAAGCUCGUUGGAAUGGUUAAUGUGAUCAAUUCGGAUAUGAUUAAGCAAAGCAAACAGUAUCGAAUACUCGUCGAGAAUGGCUUCAAAAAAGAGGAUGUGGAACGGGCAUUAAUCACAGCGAAUAUGAAUAUUGAGGAGGCAGCGGAUAUGUUACGUAUUGGAACAUCCUCAUCAUCAUCUUUGGUCAUGGACGGGUGGCGGCGACAGCAGCAACACGAUGACGGGCUUGUCGGAUCCGCCUAUUCUGAUCACUCGGGCUCAGCGACAGGAGGGAGUGGUGGAGGCGGAUUCGCUGGACGAUAUCCAGUUGUUGGCAGUGGAGGACAGCAGCCUUCAAUGGGAUUUUCACAUAAUAAUCCAAUGAAUAAUAUGGGUAAUACAGUUGUUACUGGCGGUGGCAACAACAAUGCCAACAAUAUGACUGCAUUACAAGUGCAAAAGUAUUUAAAUCAAGGCGGAGGACCACUUGUCCCUCAAUCGGUUGUUGGUAAUGCGGUAUCCUCGGUGGUAUCUGUGGGUUUCGGUGGCCAACAGAAUACAUCAAGUGCUGCAGGAGUGGUCGGAGGAGCAGGAGUUGGAGUUGGAGCAGGAGCAGGGGCAGGUGUAGCUCCUGUUAAUAUAACAUCGGCAAAUACAAAUAAUCAACAGCCAUCGGGCCAGCAGAUACGAAUGCUUGGCCAGCAAAUACAAUUGGCCAUUCACAGUGGCUUUAUAUCCAGUCAGAUAUUGACACAGCCGCUAACACAAGCGACAUUGAAUCUGUUGAAUCAACUACUUAGCAAUAUUAAACACCUUCAAGCAGCCCAGCAGUCGUUGGCCCGUGGCGGAAAUGCAAAUCCAAUGGCGGUUAAUGUAGCCAUUUCCAAGUACAAACAGCAAAUUCAAAAUUUACAAAACCAAAUAAAUGCACAACAGGCAGUUUAUGUUAAGCAACAACAACUACAGCAGCAAAAUAUGCAACCAAAUUCACAACAGCAGCAACAACAGCAGCAACACCCUUCGGCACAUUUGAAUACUUCUAACAAUGAUUAUCUACGAAAUCAUGACGCAAUUAAUAAUUUGCAAAGUAAUUUUACGGAGCUCAAUAUAAAUAAGCCAUCUGGUGGCUAUCAAGGUGCGUCCAAUCAACAAUCCCGUUUAAAUCAAUGGAAGCUUCCAGUAUUAGACAAGGAUAUCAUUAUAAAUCCGGAUAGUUCGGAUUUCUCACGUGCUCCCGGUGCCACGAAGCAAAAUUUGACAAGUAAUUCAAGCAAUGUUAGCUCUUUGGGCUUACAAAAUGAUGGUACUUGGUCAACUGGUCGCAACAUUGCAGACGGUUGGCCCGAUCCCACAUCCGAUAAUGAGAAUAAAGACUGGUCAGUAGUUGCUCAUCAGCAGCCAAGCUCGGCAGCAGCAGCGGCAGCAGCAACUGCCUACACCGAUUUGGUACAAGAGUUCGAGCCGGGAAAACCGUGGAAGGGUUCUCAGAUUAAGAGCAUAGAAGAUGAUCCCAGCAUUACACCUGGUAGCGUGGCACGAUCUCCAUUAUCCAUCAAUCCGACGCCAAAAGAUGCUGACAACAUAUUAUUCAACAAUACUACAACGACAACUACAGGCAAAAACUCACCGACUGACUUGCCGCCAUUAAGUUUAUCGUCAUCAACAUGGAGUUUUAAUCCAAAUCAAAACUUUCCCAGUUGGUCUGACAACACUCAACAAUGCGCUGCCACCUCAGAGCUUUGGACAAGCCCUUUAAACAAAUCUUCGUCGCGGGGUCCGCCGCCCGGAUUGACAGUCGCUACAAAUAAAUCAGGCAACGGUGGCGGAAGCACUACGUCCACGCCCUCUUCAACGGCCAAUGGCUGGCUACAACAGACUCCGCGAAGUGGCGGCGGGACUGCUGUCCAAACAUCAAACACAAGUUGGACUUCCGCUAGUAGCAAUACAUCUGCAUGGGGUUCCAGCUGGCUGCUACUUAAAAAUCUAACAGCUCAGAUUGAUGGCCCUACAUUACGUACAUUGUGUAUGCAGCAUGGUCCCCUUGUAAGUUUUCAUUUGUAUCUGAACCAAGGUAUUGCUUUAUGUAAGUAUACAACGCGCGAGGAGGCCAACAAGGCGCAAAUGGCUUUGAACAAUUGUGUUUUGGCCAACACAACUAUAUUUGCCGAAUCUCCGAGCGAUAACGAAGUGCAGAACAUAAUGCAGCAUUUACCACAACAACAAGGAACUUCUUCCUCGGUAAACUCGAGUGUUGGAAGUAAUACAAGCACCUCAGCUCCAUCCAACAGCAGCAGCGCCAGCAGUAACGGAAAUGGAAACACCGGCAGCGGCAAUGGCAAUAGUAGUAACAGUGGGAACGGAGCCUCUGUCAGCAACUCUAAUUCAAACUCUAGUGUAAACAAUUCGAAUCUACUUAAUUCUGCUGCCGGUGGAGGUGGGAAUGUUUCAAAUGCGUCAAGUAUAACCAGCACAGUAACGAGUUCGGCUAAUGCAGCAAAUAACGGCGGCGGAACUUUAGGAAGUGGAACAACCGUUUCUGGUUCAAAGAAUAGUGGAAACGCUUCUAGCAAUGUAGUUAACAGCAGCAGCACCACCAAUAACUCGCAAUGGCGUCAAACUAGCCAAAAUCAAGCUACAAGACCAUCCGGCCGAGAAGCAGACUUUGACUAUGUAUCUCUCGUUUAUUCCAUUGUUGAUGAUUAAAACUAUCAUCUUUGACUAUAUCCGCAUUCUGUGACUGUAAAACACACACCCAACAAAAGCUUCAAAAUUAUUCAAAAGUAAAGACCAUGUUGUGAAGAAGAAAAAUAUAAAUAUAUAUAUAUAUAAAUAAGUAAAUAUAUAUAUAUAUGGAUCCGACUGAUAGAUGAAAAUGGACUUAGAUUUUUUGUAUGAUGCCCGUAGAUUUAUUUUUCUUCAUCGCGUUCAUAGAGAUCUAAAAAAAAAAAUUGUAUCUGUGUAAGUUAACAUUUAAUCAAAGAUAUAAAAAACAAAAGCUGUCAAAAA